GUGCCCGCGCCGGUCGGUUGGUGGCGCCUUUGUCCUACGGCGGGCAGGUGGGCUGAGGCGGAGGCGACAGCGGCGGGCCUGAGGCGAAGGAGCGGCCGGGCGCCCGCCGCACUGGUAGCGAUAUUAAUAAGGCAGCGGAAAGAAGAAAUAUGAAUACGGCUCCAUCAAGACCCAGCCCCACACGAAGAGAUCCGUAUGGCUUUGGAGAUGGACGAGAUACAAGACGUGAUCGAUCCCCCAUUCGAGGAAGCCCAAGAAGAGAGCCCAGGGAUGGCAGAAACGGCCGGGAUAGCAGAGACAUGCGAGACCCCCGAGACCUGCGGGACCACAGAGAUAGCAGAGACAUUCGGGAUCACAGAGACAGCAGGAGUAUGCGCGAUGCUCGGGACAUGAGGGAUCUCAGAGACUUUCGUGAUCUAAGAGACUCUAGGGAUUUUCGAGAUCACCGGGAACCCAUGUAUGACAGAUACAGAGAUAUGAGGGACUCCCGAGAUCCCAUGUACAGGAGAGAAGGCUCAUAUGACCGAUACCUACGAAUGGAUGAUUAUUGCAGGAGAAAGGAUGACUCUUACUUUGAUCGUUACAGAGAUAGCUUUGAUGGCCGAGGCCCUCCAGGCCCAGAAAGUCAGUCUCGAGCAAAAGAGCGUUUGAAACGUGAGGAACGGCGUAGAGAAGAGCUUUAUCGUCAAUAUUUUGAGGAAAUCCAGAGACGCUUUGAUGCUGAGAGGCCUGUUGAUUGUUCUGUGAUUGUGGUCAACAAGCAGACUAAAGAUUAUGCUGAAUCUGUGGGGCGGAAGGUGCGAGACCUAGGCAUGGUAGUGGACUUGAUCUUCCUCAACACAGAAGUGUCAUUGUCACAAGCCUUGGAAGAUGUUAGCAGAGGAGGGUCUCCUUUUGCUAUCGUCAUCACCCAGCAACACCAGAUUCACCGCUCCUGUACAGUCAACAUCAUGUUUGGGACCCCACAAGAGCAUCGCAACAUGCCCCAGGCAGACGCCAUGGUGCUAGUGGCCAGAAAUUAUGAGCGAUAUAAGAACGAGUGCCGGGAAAAGGAACGUGAGGAGAUUGCCAGACAGGCAGCCAAAAUGGCUGAUGAAACCAUCCUACAGGAAAGAGAACGAGGCGGCCCUGAGGAAGGGGUGCGUGGGGGGCACCCUCCAGCCAUCCAGAGCCUCAUCAACCUGCUGGCAGACAACAGGUACCUCACUGCUGAAGAGACUGACAAGAUCAUCAACUACCUGCGAGAGCGGAAGGAGCGGCUUAUGAGGAGCAGCACCGACUCUCUGCCUGGCCCGAUUUCCCGCCAACCACUCGGGGCGACCUCGGGUGCCUCGCUGAAGACACAGCCAAGUUCUCAAUCGCUCCCCAGCGGCCAAGUGCUCCCCUCUGCUACACCCACUCCAGCUGCACCCCCCACCUCCCAGCAAGAGCUUCAGGCCAAAAUCCUCAGCCUCUUCAAUAGUGGCGCGGUUACGGCCAAUAGCAGCUCUACAUCCCCCUCAGUUGCUGCCGGAAACACCCAGAACCAGAAUUUUUCCACAGCAGCGAACAGCCAGCCUCAACAAAGAUCACAGGCCUCUGGCAAUCAGCCUCCAAACAUUUUGGGACAGGCAGGAUCUGCUCGGAACAUGGGCCCCAGGCCUGGGGCUCCUUCCCAAGGGCUCUUUGGCCAGCCUUCCAGUCGCCUGGCACCUGCCAGCAAUAUGGCUAGCCAGAGGCCCGUGUCUUCCACAGGUAUCAACUUUGACAAUCCAAGUGUACAGAAGGCUCUGGACACCCUGAUCCAGAGUGGCCCUGCUCUCUCCCACCUGGUUAGCCAGACCACAGCACAGGUGGGGCGGCCCCAGGCCCCCAUGGGAUCUUACCAGAGGCAUUACUGAGGCUAAAUCUCUCAACUCCUCCCAGAUCCCUCAUCCCCUGGCCUCCUCUCACUCACUGCGUUCUAGAUAGAGUUAUUUGGAGGAUGUUCUUUGCGCCUGUCCAGGUCCACAUCAAAUGUCGUAAGUUUCUACCACCUGCUCUCCUGCCCAAGGCUGUGUUGCUUAUUCGAGUCAGAGUUUAUACUGCAUUUGGGGGUCUUUUUUUUUUCUUUUUUAUAGAAAAUUAUCUCUGGGGUCAUUGGGCACUGUAAGUGUCUGGGCUCUGUCCGUUUUUCUUCAGUUUCUCUGUUGAUCUGGGGAGAGAAGCCAGGCCCUCAGUGCUUGAGUCUGCAGUGGCAUUUUCACGUCAGCACUGCCUUUGUUCAUCUUGGACCCACCAAGGCGUUCCAGCCUCAUGCAGCCUGGCGUUCUGCCUGAGGACGCAGGGAGCAGACAGCCGGUCACGGGCCCAUUGCUCUGGGACUUCUGCUUGUGGAUUCGAGAAUCGGCUGCUCCCGAGCUGUUAAGGAGUGGCUGUGGCAGCCGCAACACAGGCGCUUUGCUGCCUGACCCGGGGUUCUUUUUUUUUUUUUCUUUUUUUUCUCUCUUCCCCAUUUCAUUGGAGGCUCUCCAGUGGAAAGAACUGCUCCAGUCACCAGCAGUUUGACCAGACCUGUGGAGCUGGGCCCAGCACUGAACCCCCCUUAACACUUCUGUCACCAUCUCCCUCUCCAGUGGUAGUUUCUUGGAGUUGGUUCUCAGAAGGCAGCUCUGGACUCUGGCAGUGAACACCCGCUUCAGUGACUGUUUUGAGCAUUUGGCUCAAAAAUCAGGCUCUUGUUUUCACCUAGAAUCUUAAUUUUGUUUUCUGAGCAGCAGGAGGUAGAGACCAUUUUGAUGUCAGGCUUCUGGUAGCUGGACGUGUUCUCGAUGCAGGCGGCUGUUCUUAACUUUUGAGCCGGAAUGAAAUUGCUAGAGGGAGGACUUCUGGCUGCUGCUCUAAAUGGAGCCAAAGGAGGCUGCUCCCUCCCUAGGGAGGCGCCCAUCAGAGCCCUGAGGGUGAUGUCGUGGUCUUGGUCCGUAGGGGCCCCGCAGGGAUGAGGGAGAACAGUGACUUGAGCUGCUUCCCUGUCGGUGGCUCAGCAAACAAUGGUUUCCAAACUCAAGGUCCCCAGAUGGCAGCGUUUUUUGUUCUGACCUGUUUGUGUUAUAUAGUGGGUUUUUUUCCCCCUCUUUGGAACUCUUGUGUUGUUAAUAAUAUGAAAUGAUUACUUUUUAAUUAAAAUGAAAAUGUAAAAGCUGCGUCAUCUCUUUGCGGUGUGGCUGGCUGCAGGACCUCUUUGCGGGGCACCCCCCCAGGCUCGGAAGGGACGGUCCCCAGCGCAGCACUGCCUGAUUUCAGUCUGCUGUGACAUCUGCCCCUUCCGUCCCCGACCCGCGCUCAGGCCUCGAAGCCUCAUUAACCUAGUAGCUUCUCUCGCGAUGUAGCGCACCUAGUUAGGUUUAAUAACAGUUCAGAGCAAAAGCCCGCGCUGGCUGAUGACGGUCUUGUCAAGCAUCCUAGUUGAUGGGAAACUCUCCUUGGCAGCAGGCUCCUCCUCCUCCUCUGAGAAGGAAAACGGGACCCUGAGGCUGUGCCUGGCUGGCGGCCAGUGGAGUGGGGCACUUUCCCGUUCAGAUUUCAUCUCACUCGCCACCCUCUGUUCUGCCCGUGGUGCACAGAGUUGGCAGAACCAUAGUGUCGCAGAACCUUGGAGAACACUUACUAGCCAGCUGCAGCAGGACAUGUGGGGCUGAGGAAGAUGUGGGGAAGUGAUUGGCACGAGGCCUCCCGUGGGUCGGCGACCAAGGUGCUGGCAGCGCUGAGCCUGACCUAGUAAGAGUGUGAGG